CGGUGCCCGGCAUCGCCGCCGUCGCCUCUGAGAGAAUCGCGGAGAGAGACGACGACGAAGACGACGAGAGACGCAGAGAGACGCAGGGAAGACGAGGAGAGAGGCGAAGAGAGAGGCGCUCGCUCGCUCCAUCUCCCACCGGGGGGUGCCGAGGGGUCGCGCUCAUCCCCACGGGGCGCUCCUCUUCCUCCUGCUGCUGCUGCUCCGCGUGAUGCCGCCGCUGCCGCUGCUGCCCCCCCAUCGUGUCGCGUGUGUCCGGCAGCUCGGGGCUGUGUAGCUCUUCACCCCCCACUCUCUCUCAGUCUCUCUAAAGACAUUCUCUCUCCCUGUCUCUCUCUCCCUGUCUCUCUCCCUGUCUCUCUCUCUCCCUGUCUCUCUUGUGUGUGUGUCUCUCUCCCUGUGUCUCUCUCCCUGUGUCUCGUGUGUGUGUCUCUCUCCCUGUCUCCUUAUCUCUCUCCCUGUCUCUCUCCCUGUGUCCCUGUCUCUGUCUCCCUGUCUCUGUCUCUACCUGUCUCUCUCUCUCCCUGUGUCUCUGUCUCCCUGUGUCUCUGUCUCCCUGUCUCUCUCCCUGUGUCUCUAUCUCUCUCCCUGUCUCUCUCUCCCUGUCUCUGUCUCCCUGUCUCUGUCUCCCUGUCUCUGUCUCCCUGUCUCCCUGUCUCUGUCUCCCUGUCUCUGUCUCCCUGUGUGUGUGAUCGCUUCUCCUCGCGAGCGAAGCGACGAGCCGCGCUGCCAUCGCGAACCCGGCAGAGGCCACCCGAGUUCGAUCCCCCCGGCCACUGACAGCGGUGAACCUCCCCUAGGUCGACUCGGCCUCAAAUAAGAACCUGGCGCGGUGUGUAAAAGAAUAAAACAAAAAUCCCAUCGCCGCUGGGGAGACAAAGGCGGUCGGGCGUGGGGCCGGCCACACCGCCCCCCACGUUGUGCUGGAGGCUACCGGGGGGACCUUUGCCUUUGUCCCGUCGUCGUCUCCAUCCCCUUCGCGGCGCUCUCCGCCGCCCCGAGCCCCGCGUCUCAUCCACGCGAACCCCCCUCCAGCUGCGGCGUCUCGUUCAUCCGUCUCCCUCCCUCCCUCCAUCUCGCUGCGUCUCCACUCCGUUUCACGGGGCGCCGACAGCCGCAAUCGGACGCGGCUACAGGCGGACAGCUACAGAGCCACAGUCGCAUCUCGUGGGCAGUGCGGUCAUAUAGCCGCAGUCGGACGCCUGUCCAGCAGACACAGAAGCUACAGUCGCACAGCUACAGUGGGACAGAGUGGGAGCUAGAGUCACAUUCAGGCUACAGCCGGACGCAUGUCCAGCAGACACAGAAGCUACAGUCGCACAGCUACAGUCGGACAGAGUUGGAGCUAGAGUCACAUAUUCAGGCGACAGUCGGACGCAUGUCCAGCAGACACAGAAGUAGCUACCUUCUUACCGGGCUACGGGCAGACGCAGCGCCUACAGGCGGACGGCUAUAGCCGUACAGUCAGACGCAGCGAGUCGAGUCGGCUACAAACACAAAGGUCCCCCGUGUAGCCUUAACGGAUCGUCGGGGCAAGUGCUACUCGAGUGACUCCCACACCCACGCGCUGUAUAUGCCGCUGCCGGUGCUGAGGCCGAGGUGGAGCUGGGCCGAAGAGGAGGUGGAGAGGAAGAGAAGGUGGUGACGAGGAAGAGGUGGAGAGGAGGUGGAGAGGAAGAGGUGACGAGGAGGAGGAGGAGGGGUGAUGAGCGGCCAGGGUGGAUGCGCGCACGUGUGCGUCCUCAAGGCGGAGCAGGCGCAAUGGAGGCAGCAGCUGCGAGUGAUCUACCAGUGGUUCGUGUGGAGCGCCACGGGGGAAGCGCGGCGCAGGAAGGCCCUGUCGUGCGUGUGCCAGCUGUGCGGUGCCCACUUCAGCCGCCUGCACUCGUGCCUCUACUGCGUCUUCUUCGGCUGCUUCGCUCGGCGCCACAUCCACGAGCACGCCAAGGCCAAGCGCCACCCGCUCGCGAUCGACCUGUACCACGGCACCAUCUACUGCUUCCAGUGCGGAGACUACGUGUACGAUCGCGAUGCCGAGCAGAUCGCCAGGGAGGAGCAGCGCAAGGCCUGGAAACUGCAGGGACUGGGCGACCGCUACACCAGCUGGGAGCCAACGCGGCGGGAGCUCGAGCUGCUGCGGCAGAACCCCAAGCGACGCAAGAUUGCGCCCAACUGCACCAUCGGCCUGCGCGGCCUGGUGAACCUGGGCAACACGUGCUUCAUGAACUGCAUCGUGCAGGCCCUGACGCACACGCCGCUGCUGCGCGACUUCUUCUUGUCGGACCGCCACCGCUGUGAGAUGGAGAGCCCCGAGUCCUGCCUGGUGUGCGAGAUGAGCCGCCUCUUCCAGGAGUUCUACUCGGGGUUCCGCUCGCCGCACAUCCCCUACCGCCUGCUGCACCUGGUGUGGACGCACGCUCGCCACCUGGCCGGCUACGAGCAGCAGGACGCCCACGAGUUCCUCAUCGCGGCGCUCGACGUGCUGCACCGACACUGCAAAGGGGACGACAACGGCAAGAAAGCCAACAACCCCAACCACUGCAACUGCAUCAUCGAUCAGAUCUUCACGGGCGGCCUGCAGUCGGACGUCACCUGCCAAGUCUGCCAGGGCGUGUCCACCACCAUCGACCCCUUCUGGGACAUCUCGCUGGACCUGCCGGGCUCCUCGACGCCGUUCUGGCCGCUCAGCCCCGGCUCGGAGGGCAGUCUGCUGCUCGCCAACGGAGGGGAGGCCCACGCGGCGGCGGGCCCCACCUCGCUCACCGACUGCCUGCGCAGGUUCACGCGGCCCGAGUACCUGGGCAGCAGCGCGAAGAUCAAGUGCAGCGGCUGCCGCAGUUACCAGGAGUCGACCAAGCAGCUGACGAUGAAGAAGCUGCCCAUCGUGGCCUGCUUCCACCUCAAGCGAUUUGAGCACUCGGCAAAGCUGCGCAAAAAAAUCACCACCUACGUCUCCUUUCCUCUGGAGCUCGACAUGACGCCGUUCAUGGCAUCAAGCAAGGAGAGCCGCGUGAACGGGCAGCACCAAGCGGGAGGAGACUCCCUGAGCAGCGAGAACAAGUACUCGCUAUUUGCAGUGGUGAACCACCAGGGCACGCUGGAGAGCGGCCACUACACCAGCUUCAUCCGGCAGCACAAAGACCAGUGGUUCAAGUGCGAUGACGCGAUCAUCACGCACGCCGGCGCGCGGGACGUCCUCGACAGUGAAGGGUAUCUGCUGUUCUACCACAAGCAGUUCCUGGAAUACGAGUGAAUGGUCUUGGAACGUACAAAAAAAUCCCAUCCGCGGCUCGACCUGACUGCGUGAUACGAGGAAACGGAAUACAAAGUGGAGUGGAAAAAACAAAACAAACUAAUAACUGCAUCUACCUGAAGUAACCGCGAACUAUGAGAGAGUACUGGAGAUACUUGAGAAAAACCCUGACCCUGGACGGCUGGACGGGGGGACGGGAGCUGACGGCUGCUACCAUUGUAUUACAUUGAAAUGGUCGGGCUGCAUUCCCUCAAACGAACGAAUGUUUGCGAUGCACUGAUGCUCUCUCGCCCGCCGCCGCCGCCGCCACUGCUGCGGCUGUGGCUCCAGGCCAGCGAGCAGAGCUUGCCCCUAGGCGGCCACCCAGACCUUUGCUUGGGCUCCUCCGUAUUAAAAGAGAGAGAAAAACUUUAAAAAAUACAAAAAAAAAACUCGUGACUCACUACACAUCCAGUAAUUGAUUAUUGUGCCAGUUUACAAAGCUACCAAAAUGAGGUGCAAAUGAAUCCUUUGUGCAAAAGAUAUGCUCUAGUUUUCUUUGGGUUCCUUGCGUUGUUGGAAAUAUUUGCAUAAAGGUUUAUUUUGUUAUGUCAUGGAGAGUGGCUGCGCCGACAAAGUGACGGUGUUUGUGACGGUGUUUGCUGUGUUUCAUUUGUGAGUGAAGGUGUUUGGCGACCAGACGCCGAGAGACACCGGCCCUGUCCGCCACAAGUGAUCCUGGUGGUGGUGGUGGUGGUUUUAAAAGGCCCUACUAGGUCCUACUAUGUCCUACUAGGCCCUACUAGGCCUUGUUAGGCCCUACUAGGCCCUGCUAGGACCUACUAUGUCCUACUAGGCCCUACUAGGCCCUACUAGGACCUACUAUGUCCUACUAGGCCCUACUAGGCCUUGUUAGGCCCUGCUAGGACCUACUAUGUCCUACUAUGUCCUACUAGGCCUUGUUAGGCCCUACUAAGCCCUGCUAGGACCUACUAGGCCCUACUAGGCCUUGUUAGGCCCUACUAAGCCCUGCUAGGACCUACUAAGCCCUACUAGGCCCUACUAGGCCCUACUAGGACCUACUAGGCCCUACUAGGCCCUACUAGGCCCUGCUUGGUCCUGCUAGGCCAUACUAGGCCCUACUAGGCCCUGCUUGGUCCUGCUAGGCCCUACUAGGCCCUACUAGGACCUACUAGGCCCUACUAGGCCCUACUAGGCCCUGCUUGGUCCUGCUAGGCCAUACUAGGCCCUACAUGGCCCUGCUUGGUCCUGCUAGGCCCGGGCGCCACCUCGGGUGGCAAGGCCGGCGUUUAAAUCGCCAUCACGGCAGAGAUUUAACAACAACCACCACGCCGGGAGCGUGCCCACGGAUUUGUUUCUGUUCCUAGUCCAUCACGAGACAGAAGUUUAGAAAAAAACAAACCAUGUUGUUGGUGCUGAAAGCACGCGUCUUACCACUAAUUCGUAACAAUGCAAUCGUGUAAAUUUAGUUUUGUGAAAUCGAUGCACAAUUUUUAUUUUGCCAUAGACGAGUAAGAUAACUGAUUUGGCAGCUUUAAAGAUGUUAACAAAAAAAACUUGAUUUUGGGUGUUGCCUGGUGAAUGUGUGUGGUGGGGGUUUUUUCUUUCUCUGUGGACUAAAUAUUUUUGAGGUGACAAAUUGCGUUGCAUGUCCUCAACUGGUUUUACAAGUACGGCCGUGAUACUGUUCAGACGGCUUCUCAGUGGCAAUGAAACGUGAUGUGAUGCAACCUUUGUGUUAAGUAGCGACUAAAAUACACCGCGGUCAACACGAUAAUGUCACGUUGUAGCAGUCAUACUCUGAGCAAGGCAUACUUUGAACUCAACGUUUUGCAGUAUUGGGUUCUCCAGUGCAUCGCUUUAUGUACAAUUUUUUUUUUAACCUGUAGGUGAAUGUUACAGGCAUGUGAUGAGUCCUCAAUUUAACUAAAUCCUUAUGCUCACGACGUACGUAUCAACUCUUGCAUGUAAGCAUAAGUUAUUUUUGUUUAUUUGUACAAAUGUAGAAGUUGUUUAUUUACAUUGAUGCAAGCGGUGUGGCGGAACACGGGUAAAAGUAACACCGUAGAGAUGGGGGAUGGUAAAUGAUAAUGGUGGUCAUUAGAUUAGGCUGUAGACACGAGGCAGUACAAAUUACUUCUACAACGAGACAGUACAAUUGAGUUGGACUACAGAUGAGACGGUUCAGAUAAAACCGGUCCAGAGAAAUCAAUUCGCGAUCACGAUUCGCGAGGUCGCAGGACAAGCCAGCUGCUCCGGCUGAGACGAUGCAAACAAAGCAGAUGAGACAAUGACGACGGCGCAGACAAGACGGGACACACGAGAUGGGGGGGGACAGACAGUAUAAACAAGACGGACACUACAAGUGGGACGGUAAAGGCAAGAUGGAUGAGAUUUGUUUUUUAGUUCGUGACGUCUGUUCGUGUGUUCACGUAGCCAACCACGCGAAUCAGGUGCGGGGGAAGGACAACAAACUAAACACAGACGGCAGUACUAAAGAAAUUAGUUUUAAAUUUUGAUUUAGAAGUACUUCGCUCCCUGUGGCUUUCAAAUAUCAGAAGGAAGAGCGUUCCAGACGGCCGCGUCUGGAUUCGUGACAAUUGGUGGCACUGGAGGGUGCCCAUCCACCGUUGUCUCCAGGGGGGCUACACGAGGUUGGCACCGAUCACCGCAAGCCCACCCAGACAGUAAUCGUGUCUUGUACUUUCACAUUUAAAAUCCCCGAUUAUGUCAUUGACAAAAUGUUGCCUAUUGGAUGAAAUCAUCAUCGCCGGCCACAAUCCCCCGAAUAUUUUUUUGUUCAACACAAUCACUGUAAAAAAAAAAUCACGCAUUGACUAAAAAUAACCCAAGUAGGGUUUUUCUUCUUACGAAAGGACGCUGGGUGUGUGUGUGUGUUUGAUUGGUGUGUGUGUGAGCUGGACGCUGGGUGUGUGAGCCAGCGUACUCGCAGGGCCCAGAUUCCUUAUGUGACUCAUCCCUCCAGCUCCUGAAUGAUCGCUCCACCAGUGAAUUCCACCACGGUGAAGGACAACGCUUAGAAGUUUCUCGACUAAGUUGAUCACGGCCGAUAAACCCUUCGACUUAGGGGGGGGGCGGGGUGGAGAGGGGUCGCGCGCAAAUAAAACCGUGGUUGGCUGUGACCCUGCGUCUCGUGUUGGUGGCAUUCGAUCCAUUUUUGGGACCUCUCCCACAUUUUGUUUCAGCCGGUAUCAAGAUGAAGUUGGCUUUCUUGUGCUCCUCUGCACCGUAGCGUUGCAGUCGUUUUUCUACGUUUAAAAGGCCAAAAACAAUGAUUGACACCUGCCAAUAUUGCACUGUAUGGAACGCCGUGUUGGUGCAGUGUGUAAGCAGGGGCGGAUCGCGUGGCUCUAGUGCCAUGCCGUACGGGGCAGCGCGGUCUGCACGUGGCGGUUGUGGGUGGAUGCCACGCGGGGAUUUCUGCCCCCCGUGUCCCCCAAAAGACACAUUUUGUCACCUCAUAAAUGUGAUUUUCUUUCUGUCUUCUGUUGAUCGUUAAAACUCGGCAAAGCGGCACCACGUUGUGCAACGGUGGAAGGGAAAUGGGCCACAAACAUAUCCUUUGCACAUUUUUUUGCUGUAUUUUUAAGAAAUGUUAUUUUUGUAUUAGUUAUUUUUUUAGUUUUUGUUCUAACGUGCCAAGGUAUUACCAUCUCGUGUGCACAGCUGCUCUCGAUGGGUUACAUUUCUUAAUUGAUGGUUGUUAUUUUUUUAUCUCUACGUUUGUUGUACGUGGCGUGCGUUGUGUUUUUGGUGUUCCGUGAGAAACUCUCCCCGCUCCGUCGGGGCUGCGUUUUGCGGUAAUUGCGUUGCAUGUCAGGCACACUGGCUGUGUCACUGGCCAUGUCACUGGCCGUGUCAGGAACACUGGCUGUGUCACUGGCCAUGUCAGGAACACUGGCUGUGUCACUGGCCAUGUCAGGAACACUGGCUGUGUCACUGGCCAUGUCAGGAACACUGGCUGUGUCACUGGCCAUGUCAC